UUCUCAUUUUGAGUCAAACAAGUCAACAAAUCAAAAACUCUCUCUUCUCUACUCUCUCUAGAACGACAAUGGCGUCCACAAGUUGUGCAAGGGAGGUGCAUUACCGAGGAGUGAGGAAGAGACCAUGGGGUCGCUACGCGGCGGAGAUUAGAGAUCCGUGGAAGAAAACUAGGGUUUGGUUAGGCACUUUCGAUACUCCCGAAGAAGCUGCUCUCGCUUACGACGGCGCCGCCCGUUUCCUCCGUGGAAUCAAAGCUAAAACUAACUUCCCUUCCCCUCUCUCUCUUGACCUCAACCACAUCCCUUCUCCCUCUGCCGUCGCCGCCGCCGCGGAAAACCACCACAACCAUCAACUCUGGUUCUCAGCUCCUCCUCCUCCCCCUCCACCUCCUCUUCACAUCUCCGGCAACUACCGCCACCACGGACUCUAUCUCCGAACCGGAGUUCUUAACGACAGAACCCCUUCUACAGAAGCGCCGCUUUACUUCGCCGCCUCCCCUGCCGCAGCUACGUCGUCGCCUCGAGUGCUUGAGUUAAUGAGUUCUUCUCCUUCCUCCCCUACGGUUAGACGUGGCUUAACCAUUGAUCUCAACGAGCCGCCGCCACUUUGGCUGUAAAACAGACGAUGAAGACGGAUAUUAACGGCGCCGUUCCGCUGACUUCCUUACGCGGCCGCCGUUUGGAACACUUUCGACGGAACUAUUAGGGUUUAUUAUUUUGUAACGUUAGUUUCUUUUCAUAAAAAAAAGAUGAGUUUCUUUUAGCAAAUAUCUUUUUUUAGAGUCAUAUGAGUAGUUUUCUUUUUUGAUUUGUCCUUUUUGGCUAUGUAAGAACGGAGAUUGAUUGUUAUGAAUCAUAACUUAUGAUCCGUUGA